GCAUUGGUCGUGUUGACGCGGAGGGAUACGCGGUGACGUUUCCAUGUUGGAGGCUCCUCCGCAGUGAGGUGCUCCUCAUACAUCCUCCACAUCCACCACAGAGAGCAGAGCAGGACUAAGGUGCAGGAGAAAUACAUCAUCAGUAGAACCUUAAUCCAACUCAUCGCAGCAUCAUGGCGCCAAUCGGAUUGAAGGCGGUGGUCGGCGAAAAGAUUAUGAAUGACGUCAUCAAGAAGGUCAAGAAGAAGGGGGAGUGGAAGGCUCUGAUUGUGGACCAGCUGAGUAUGAGGAUGCUGUCAUCCUGCUGUAAAAUGACUGACAUCAUGACAGAAGGAAUCACCAUUGUGGAGGACAUAAACAAGCGACGAGAGCCACUCCCCACCCUGGAGGCCAUCUAUCUCAUAACCCCCACAGAGAAGUCCGUGCACACUCUGAUUGGAGACUUCAAAGACCCCCACUCAGCUAAAUACAAAGCGGCCCACGUCUUCUUCACAGACUCCUGCCCUGACCCCCUCUUCAACGAGCUGGUGAAGAGCCGUGCUUCCAAAACCAUCAAGACCCUGACCGAGAUCAACAUCGCCUUCCUGCCCUAUGAGUCACAGGUGUACUCUCUGGACAACCCCGAUGCGUUCCAGAGUUUCUACAGCCCCCACAAGACCCAGCUGAAGAACUCUGUGAUGGAGCGCCUAGCAGAACAGCUAGCCACGCUAUGCGCCACCCUGAAGGAGUACCCGGCUGUCCGAUACCGAGGGGAGUACAAGGACAACGCCACCCUGGCCCAGCUGGUGCAGGACAAACUGGACGCCUACAAGGCUGACGACCCCACCAUGGGCGAGGGUCCUGAUAAGGCCCGCUCCCAGCUCAUCAUCCUGGACAGGGCCUUCGACCCGGUGUCCCCCGUCCUCCACGAGCUCACCUUCCAGGCCAUGGGCUACGACCUGCUGCCCAUCGAGAACGACGUCUACAAGUACGACACCAGCGGUAUGGGAGACUCCCGCGAGAAGGAGGUCCUGCUGCACGAGGACGACGACCUCUGGGUGGGCCUGAGACACAAACACAUAGCCGAAGUGUCCCAGGAGGUGACACGACAGCUGAAGGAGUUCUCCGCCAGCAAGAGGAUGAACACGGGAGAGAAGACCACGAUGAGGGACCUCUCUCAGAUGUUGAAGAAGAUGCCCCAGUACCAGAAGGAGCUCAGCAAGUACUCCACCCAUUUGCAGCUGGCUGAGGACUGCAUGAAGCACUACCAGGGAACAGUGGAUAAGCUCUGUCGCGUGGAACAGGACCUGGCCAUGGGCACCGACGCCGAGGGGGAGAAGAUCAAGGACCCCAUGAGGGCCAUCGUCCCCAUCCUGCUGGACGCUAACGUCACCACGUACGACAAGAUCCGCAUCAUCCUGCUCUACAUCUUCCUCAAGAACGGCAUCACAGAGGAGAACCUGAACAAGCUGAUCCAGCACGCCCAGAUCCCCCCUGAGGACAGUGAGAUCAUCACCAACAUGGCCAACCUGGGGGUCCCCAUCAUCACAGACUCCACCCUCCGCAGGGGGAAGAAGCUGGACCGCAAGGAGCGCGUCAGCGAGCAGACCUACCAGCUGUCCCGCUGGACCCCCCUGGUCAAGGACAUCAUGGAGGACGCUAUUGAAGACAAGCUGGACACCAAGCACUACCCCUACAUCUCCACCCGCUCCUCCGCCUCCUUCAGCACCACCGCAGUCAGCGCCCGGUACGGCCACUGGCACAAGAACAAGACCCCCGGGGAGUACCGCACCGGACCCCGCGUCAUGGUCUUCAUCAUCGGAGGGGCGUCCUUCAGCGAGAUGCGCUGCGCCUACGAGGUCACGCAGGCCAACGGGAAGUGGGAGGCCAUCAUCGGAUCGACUCACAUCUUCACCCCCACAAGUCUCCUGGAACAGCUCAAGGCCAUGAACAAGCCAGACGAGGAGGUGGCAAGCUAGAAUCUCCUCCCCAAGACCCCUUCUCAAACCCUCCAUCCGUCCACGCCCCCCCCCCCCCCCCCACCCUUGGCCUCACCGCCCAGGCUUCCCCAAACCCUGCAUUAAAUGUUUAUGCAUCUUGCUUGAGAUAAAGUAAAAGACAAAAGCGACUAAAAAAAAGACACCUUCGAUUAAAAAAAAUCUAUCUAAAUAUCUAUGUUGUAACAAAUAAUACAGAAAUCAUUGCAAGUAUUUACAUGUUUUACAAUGGCUGCAAGCAAAUACACUUCUUCUUCAAAAUCGGUUUAAAGAUCAACACAAGGCCAUUUCAAGAUGGAGCGUACCAAAUGUAAUAGUGUAUGUUAUGAAACCUGCUCGGGUGUGUAAACGUAGAGAUUCCUCCGUUUGUUUUUCUUCUUUGGUGUUCAUUUGGUUACAAAAGGGGAACGGGUGGAGGAGGGAUGUGGAUGUAGUGAAAUCAUAUCAUUCAACACGCAAUAUAAAGAGGGACCGGAUGAAAAGAGGACCAUAUUGAUGAUGUUUGUGUCGGUAGCAUGCUUGGACUAUGUGUGGACAGUUUUUUCGUGUACGUAUUCGGUGUGGAUGUUUCCCCGGAGAGCAGAGGAAUUUAAACAAAAUGUUUUACUGAGAUCUUCUAUGCUUAUUAUCUUGGCCAAAUUAGUCAUCUGUGACAAAGCUUUUGACCGAUAGAAUAAUUAUUCGGCUGAAAGACGGGAAGUAUUUUUUUUUGUCGCAACCUUAUUCCCCUCCUUAUUUUAUAUUCCUGGAGAAACGUUCAGGUUUUAGUGUCAAAAAAGCCCAUUGCUUGCAGAUAUUUAAAGAAUAAUCUAAAUGGGCCAAUUGUAUUUCAGUAUUGUAUUCUGUCCUCUCAUUGGUUAAUAACGGGGCCAUGAUUAGUGUUGUUGCUGUGUUAGCGUCUCACUGUAGCGUCUGCCUGGUGAUAUUUCCAACUGUGAACUAGUGAACCUUUUCCUUUUUAAAAUGCCAAUGUGAAUACACUGUUCGUCGUGAUGUUUUAGCUGUAGCUCUUUAAUGGACCACCGGGGAAAAUAAGUAAUAUCUAUAUUUUCUUUCCCCCCCCCCCCCCUUCCUCUAUAGUGUAAUGUAAAACCCUCCACUGGUGAAUGGCUUUGCAAAGACCUAAAAUCCCACAUUUAAGUUUGUAUGUCAUUCUGUCGUUCCUCUGACUUCUCCCUCCGUUUCUGGCCAAAAGUUGUAUCUUGCACUACGGGUUUUCUGUGACGCAAACGCUUGUGUGUUUUAAAUCCCUCUCACAUUUUUUUUGCUGUUGUAUAGGGUUUACUGUCGAUCCAAUUAAUUUAUAUAAAUUAUUUAUCAAGAAAAAAUAAAACAGAUAGUGACAUUAAAACAUUAGUCAGUCUCAGACCUGUUUAACUUAUUGGGGUCCAUGUUUGCCAGUGUUGAAGCACAAACAAUACUUCCAUGUGUUCCUAUCCUACCAAGGCUGUCGAAUAAAUUGGCUUCCACAGUUUUCACUUUC